AUGUUUAAACAAGUCUCACCAGAACAAAUCAAAGACUUGAGAAGAAUCAUUGACCAACAAUUAAGAACCAAAGAUGUAUACAAUCAGAUAAGAGAAAUUCUCUCGGAUUACUUGAAUUUGGAUCCGACUCGAUCGGAUGAUGUGCACUCUGAAGAGCAUGUUCUUCAAUCACUUAAGGAAAGAGGAGUUGUUGAGGAAAUUAUCAAAUCUCUGCAUUCACAUACAAACAAAACUUCAGUAUUUAAUAAGGAUUCAACAGUUGCACUCAACGCAAAGAAAGAUUUAAAGAAAAACAAAAUCUUACAUAUGAGAUUACUAGGAGGAAAUGCUUUCAUGGAAUAUGAUGAUAAUGUAAAAACUGAUGAAAAGAUGAUUUGCUUUUUAAAUUAUAAGGAUCAACGAUUUGUAUCACAACCUGUGUCUUGUUGUUGCAAUCCAAUUUUUGAGGAAGAUUUUAUAAUAGAUUUGGAAAUUGAAAACAUUAGAAAUGUAUUCACAGAUCAACAAGAGGAUGCUGAUGAUGGUGUUGGAGCCCUUCUUCAAAUUAGCACUCCUAUUGAUAUCAUUAUUCUUUCAGUGGACAGUGAAGGAAGAACAAAAUACAUUGGUGGUCACAGACUAGAAUGGAGAAGAGUUUUAAAGAAAGGAGUAAUUUUAAUGACAAUAGAAUUAGGAGGUGGAUCUGGAAUAGAAUCAAAAGUUUCAAAAGGUAUUUUGGAAAUCAGAUUGGAAUUACUUCCUAGACCAAACUCUUUUGUGACGGCCAACGAAAUAUCUCAACAAUUGAGUAUCGAAAGAAAUAGAGAUCUACAAGCAGAAAGAGAGUUUUAUAUGUAUUGCAAACAAUGGUUUGAAGAAUUCAGUCAGAUUAGAGAUUCUCAUAAGAGAAGAAUUGUGAAACUCUACGCAGAGACAGAGGACGGAAGCAGCAUUCCUGUUGUUAGCUUUUUAAUGCCACUAAGAGCGGACAGAAUGAUAAAUUCUCCUUCUGAGGCUGCUAGAUUUGUCUCUCUGUUCGCGUAUGAACAUAGUGACAGUGCUGUUGGAGCAACAUCAAAUAAGGAAAUUUGGUGGAGUCCUCAUGCUUUCUUGGCAAAGAAAAAAGGAGAUGUGGAAAAUCAUGCCUUGUUAUUGUGUUCCUUAUUUUUAGGGUUCAGUUUGGAUGCAUAUGUUUGUGUUGGUACAGAUGAAAAAGGAGCCAAAAUUUGGGUCAUGACAAGAUCAAAAGACAAUGAAAUUACAUUCUGGAAUAGUAUUACAGGGCAGAGAUUCGAACAUCAUUCUGACAAACACAAAUUACUUACCGUUGGUUGUGUUUUCAACCACAACAGCUAUUAUGCAAAUAUUCAAAAGACUGAUAACGUGAGUGAUUGUGCCUUUGAUUUGGAAAAUGAAACAUUGUGGAAGAGUAUGAGUCAAAUGAAAUUAUCACUGGUAAAGAAGCUCGACUCGGUGACGUUCAUCCCUCCAAGAAUGAACUCAACACAACUUGAAAAAGAUUUGGAAGUUACCCUCAAAAAAGCAAUAGGAGAUUUGAGAAAAGAUCUUGGAUUAAAUACAUCAUGGGAUGAUAAUUUGAGUUAUGUUCUUUCAACCUCAUUGCAGGCAUACGAAAUUUCACAUGUUAGCAAUUCAUCAAGUAACACAUUAAUGAACGAAUUCAAUGAGGUCAUUAAGAAUAUAAUUCCUCCAAAACAUACUUUUAGAGCAUUUCCAAUCCAAGUCAACCAUACAUCUGCUAAGCGAAUUAUCAAUACAUGUCAAAGACAUAAGAACUUUAAAUCCAUUUUAGAAUGUAUUGGUGACCGAGUGAGGUUUGGGUUACGAGUCAAAGUUUUCACAUAUCCUGAAGAUAUUCAAGCUGUUUGGAUUAUGAUUUGUAAUGUUUACCUAAAUGUUUAA